GGACUUCGUAGGACAAGCAAUUUCAUUUUCACCAUGAGAAGUGUACUUUCUCUGAACCAUACAGACAAACAUCAAAGCUCUCAUGGAAAUUUUUCAACUUGCAUUGGCAGCAAUGAAAAGGUUCUCAGUAGAGCUGAAGAGUUUUAUUACCAAUUGUUCAGUGUAGUAUUCUUUUCCAAACCAGAUUCAACUUCGCAGGUCAUUUUCAUCCUUAUCAUCUUUAUAAGUAUUGUAGGGAUGGUGGGGAAUGGAUGUGUGAUUUGGCUGCUUGGUUUCUGCAUUAAGAGAAAUAAAUUCACCACCUAUGUCUUGAACUUAGCCAUUGCUGAUUUUGUCACACUUAUGGGUCUAUCAGCUUUCAAUGUUCUUGAGAUCAUUACUACAUUCAAUGUGGCAGGUAUCCAAACAAUGCAGUUGUUUUUUGGGCAAUUUUUUAACUUUUCAUAUUGUGUGAGUCUAUAUCUUUUGACAGCCAUUGGUGUGGAAAGAUGUUUUUCCAUUCUCUUUCCCAUCUGGGUCCAUUGUCAGCGGCCAAAUCACCUUUCCACCACUGUUUCAGUCUUGUCCUGGAUAGUGUCUGCCCUGAUGACUGUAACUGAAUUCUUGCUUCAUUAUUUUUGUUUAAUAGAAACAUGGAUUAUGUUUCUCAGGAUACUUUUUGGUGUAAAUCUCUUUAUUUUCACACCAAUCAUGGUGGUCUCUACUCUAAUCCUAUUUAUCAAGAUGUCCUUUAGACAUCAGCCAGGAAAGCUACAUAUUGUUAUGCUGAUAAUUAUCCUCUUCUUCAUUAUCACUACAGUUCCAUAUAGUACUUUUUUCUUGUUAUGUAUCAUUGAUUAUAAAUUUCAUGUUAUUGCGAUUCCAGUUUAUGACAUGUUAAUUGCUCUGAAUAACAGCAUUAACCCAAUCAUUUACUUCUUCAUUGGGAAUCAAUGUAAAUGUCAGUCCUGGGACUCCAUCAAAGUUGUGUUCCAAAGAAUUUUUAAAGAUGAAAUAAAGCAUGCAGAAAGGAACUGA